AUGGCUUCAGAUAAAAUUGUCGACGUAGGCAGUUUCAGCAUUGCGAGCAACAUCGACAUGAAUUUCGCCCUCACGGUGUCCACUUCGAUGUCUUUAGCGCUUCCAGAACAUUUCCCAGAGAAUCUAACCGCAACAGAUUUGCGAGACAAAGUGCAAGCAGGAGCUCUGUGGAUCACACGAGCAGGCUCCUGCCGACUCACUUUGGCAGUCCACUUCGAGGAUCCGGCCGACAUGUUUGUUCACGGGCACGCACAAAGGAAGCAGAUUGCCAUCGAAGCAUUUCAAUCAUUCCAGCAGUCGGGCCUCUUCGUUCCGCGAGACGUUCCCUGUGGCUACCUUUCCGAGUUUUCGUGCAGCUUUAGAUUCGCGGCCAGGACGUCCACGGCGCCUGGGAAUGUCGAGGAGUCGUUGCCUCGAUCCAGAAGCCAUGCGCAUUACGGUCUUCGAAAACUCGCCGAAACACCUAGCAAGCCACGCUCAGAGACCACCGCAGCCUUUUGGAGCCUUGCCCCUAACGUGCAGGCGGAGAGGGUAACGCACCUCACCCAUCACGCGUUGAACUUGGUGCUGGGUAUGAAGAAGAGGUCUCCGGGAAUUCGGUACCUGAAAAGAACCAAGCCACCGGCGCUUCUUGAACUUGCACCAGGCGUUUGGAAUGCCCAAUAUUUUCAGAAUGUCGUUACUCGGGCGCAGUUGGUGCCAGCUAUCUCCUCCGCGUUAGCCAACUUGACGAGUACUCAGUCGCCAGUUCUUCGGCGGAAGAUUGUGUCACUUCUUCCAGAAUCGGCCGCAGAAACAGAGCCCGUGUCAGACGAGCUCCACAGAAGGACUCUGGUCUUGCUCUUGCAGGCGACACGGGAUCAGAAGACCAAAAUUCGCAUACCGAGGGUUGAAAAUCGGAGUGCCCACGGUCUUGGUCUUCUCUUGUCUGAAGAGGACCAUCCAGGACCAAACGAAUCCACGUGUAACGAACUCAGCGAAGACGCCAGCCUAGAUCCUGUGAGAGGGGCCUCGCAAUCGCUUGUGCGUGGGCAUUCACAUGAGUGUAUGACAGACCUGUCUGAUUAUGAACCAAAGUACUUGGAGUCCGAGAGCAGAUAUUGCUUUUUGCCGUAUGUGACAAGCAACGGCCAAAGCGGCGGAAUUAUAACCGCACCGGAAGGAGAUGACAUCGAAAACGACACGAACAGUGUGGGGUCGAUGCAUGAUGAUGCGGUAGCUUGCACAGCAGAAUGGCACUCUCAUGACCCUGCUCUUGAGCAUAAUGGACCUUACGCGGAGGACGAGGAUCUCAGCCUGCCAUACAAUGAGGAAGAAUACCACGACCUAUACGUCGCUCCUGUCGACGUCCAGAGCGAAUACUUCAUGAACCAGGCCGACUUCUACCAUGAAAGUGGCAGUUACAGCCAUUACUACGAGAUGCCAACCGUCGAAGGAGAAGUGCAGACCACGGCACGGGUUUUUGAGUAUUACUCUGCCGGGCCAGAUGAGGCCAUCGGGACCUUCGACGGCGCGGUUCGAGGAGACCCUGGCAACGACUAUUCGGAACCCGAAGGAGAAGACCUCAUCAUCGGUGAUAACAUUUACCAACAUCACGACGAUGAUGGCAUGAACUUUCUCGAGGACGACAUCGAUGUGUGGCAAACCGACAAUGACCGCGGCCGGGGAGGCCUGUUGAUCGCGAAUGAUGGCCACAUUGAUCUGAUCAAUGGGGAUGAUAUCGACAGUGAGGAUGGUGCCAACUACGUGGCAGGACGGCAUGUCUUUCACAAUGGCCCGGUGGAAGAAGCUGAAGGCGAUGUGGGUCUGGGCUCUUGCGAACACUUGCUCGAGGACUGGAGACAGGUGCCCAGACACUACACGUACAAUGACACUGAGAACCAUUGGAUGGGUCUUGAGCAGCAUCCGAUCAGAUAUCGCCUCCAGUAG